UGGUACUUCCUGUGAAAGAUAAACAAAUGGAGCUGAACACAAGGACCCGUCAAAAUCUUCAGAAAUGUAACCACACACCGGGAUUUCAAAUUCAAGAUGCCUGGACAGAAAAGAAAAUACAAUGUUCGCUUUCCACCCGGUCGCAUCAAGAAGAUCAUGCAGAAGGACACGGAAGUGGGAAGGAUUGCAACGGCUGUUCCAGUUAUUAUUUCCAGAGCCCUAGAGAUGUUCUUAAAGUCUCUCUUGAACAAGACUAAUCAGAUCACCCAGUCAAAACACAGCAGGAUCAUGACUAUAGCCCAUAUGAAGCAGUGUAUUGACACAGAGAAGCUCUUUGACUUCCUGAAGGACCUGGCUGAAGAGUUCACAGUGCCGGCUUCCCAGAGGGACAGUCGAGCCAAGGGGAAGUGGCCAGCUCAAAAGUGGAGAGCCUCCAGUCCGCCCAUUUCAGGAGGCAAGGGGAGACAGAGGAAAGUUGCUCUGCGGUUGUGGCUCCUACUAGAACUUCCACAGUCAAACAAUCUGGUAACUUGUGGGCCUGUAAUAAAAAUUGAGUUGUUUCAUCGUGUCUCUUCUAGGAAGAAAUGGAAGGACGUCCCAAUCAAACCAAAGCUGCAGAAGCAUGUACAAUGAUACGUAGAACACGGAAAAUUUGUGGGUAAUUGUUGUAUCGCAUAAACGGAUAGAGGUAUUCUGACUUGGCUUAAAUGUGGUUAAGGAAUAUUAUUUGGCACUUCACCUUGCCACGUCAUUUUCAUUAUUUGAUGACUCGCCCAGAGCUGCACACCUUAUUUGGAGACAUAAAAGGUAAGCAGACUUUUCUUGGCUAGAUUGACAAAAAUGAGGUGUGUUAAUCCCAUAAGGUGGUCAGAGUAGUCAACAAAAUGGCACCUUUUUAACCCCUAAUCUGACUGAGCAGUAGUGUGUGUGUGUGUGUGUGUGUGUGUGUAUUUUUUUUUGUUUUUAAGAGGAUUCAUCUGGCAUGAUGUACAGGUGUUGUCUUCUGCUGCUGUGGAUGUUAUGCGUCACACCUAUGAACUCUGUCAGCAAGGUGGUCGUGGGAACCUAUUAAGCACCUCUUGUUAAUAUGAAUGUGUUGUACCAUUUGGUUCGCAUCGAAUUUUAAAUAUUCUAAUUUUUAUUGGUGUCAGUGUGACACAGUAUAAUUAUUCAUGAAGUUACAUGUAUUUUUUUCUUUACAUAUAAAACUGUCAGAGAAUAAUCAUUUGUAUAGAUCCCCCAAGAUAAUUUACUUGUAAAAUUUAUUUUGUAUUUUUUCAUUAAGAAGGGGAUAUAUUGGCUCAGACAUUACUUUGGAUAUAUAUUUUUUUGAGUUCAUUCUAGAGGGGAUGUUAACUUUCUGUUUUUGUGUAUGUAUAUAGUAUUGUGGUUGAGGGUUCGAUGUAUACCUCUUCUGGGGAAAAAAAACUGCCAAUUAAUUAUCAACUAAGCUCUCGAUGCGUGGUUUUCAAUGGUGCAUCAGUUAUAAUUCAAACAUCCCAUCCAGUAUUGGGUGCUCCACCCUGUGCUAUAACCACAGAAACAUUCUUUGUAUGCUUUAUGGAGAUUUGCUGAUUGUUGCGGAAUUCUUGUUGUGGUACCUGUUCCGUGUUUAUGGAUUCUGGAAAAACAUGACAAAGGAGCAUUCUUCUUUGCACUUUCUGUAUGUUUAUAUAUAUAUAUAUAUAUAUAUAUAUAUAUAUAUAUAUAGAGAAAGAGAUAUAUAAUCCCUUUGAUGUUGUAUAUUUUUACUGAUGUACAUUUUAAAUUUAGAGCAGUGUUUGAUGUGUUGGUUAAUUUAACCUUUUGGUAUAAACUUCGGCCCAAAUACAGCAGGUAUUUUAUAGAUAUCAGUUCAGUGUACAUUAGUCAUACUUUAGUCUUUUCCGCUGUGUGAUAUUUUAGGUCUACUCCUUUCAUGUGCACUGUAUCCCAGCAAAAUGUUAAUUGUAAAUAGAUGGUUCUUUAAGUCAUCAUACAAUGUUACAGAAAAUGGAUGCAUUUUAUAAUCAUGAAAUCCAUUACAAUAAAUGCAAAAGGAAAAAACA